UCAGCCUGUUCCCCGCCUCUUUACACUGAGACCACUUGUCUUUGAAACACAGUUCAGUGACGAACAUUACAGCAGUGCUGUCGCACCAUGCGCACGACAAUGAACUUCACCCUGCUGUCAGCUAUACUCUGUAUCCUCAGUUGGAUCUCUGUCUCACGUUGUGAAUUUCACGUUGUGGAGGUCCAGACCGGUGAAGAGGUCACGCUGCUGUGUACCAACUACACCAUUUCCCCCUCUUACAUAUUAUGGUUCAGACUGGAAAACGGAUCCAACACCAGCCACAUCUCCUCCAUGCUCUCCCUUGAUACAGUUGCAUCGUACUUUGAUGGGUUUGAAGAAGAAAAAUUCAACAUGACGUCCAACGUCAGUAACGUCUUUCUCCAAAUCAAACAAGUGGAUUUAUCUGACUCUGGACUCUAUAUAUGUGGCUAUAAGGUGGGCACCGACUCCAGAAAAUUCCCAGCAGUUUACAGUGUAACGUAUUUAAAGGUUAAAGAAAAGUCUGAUGAACAAGCAAAUCGGACCAUGGAGAUCCUCAUGGGCGGUCUGAUUAUCGUCCUCAUUAUAAUCAUCAUCGCUCUGGUUCUUAAAAUCUGGAAACUUCAUACAGCACAUAAAGAGGCACAGGAUCCACAAGACAGUAAGAAUGUGGGCUCUGAUGACCUGAACUACGCAGGACUGAGUUUCCUUCCAAGAGCAGAGCGGAGCAGAAGGCCUGCUAGAGAGAGAGAGCCGGAGCCUAAUGUUGUCUACGCCACCACCAAGCACUCAAGAAACCAGCUCAGAGCUCAGAGAGGAACUGAGGCGUCGCCUUCAGUCUGCUUUUGAGCUUUUGUGCCAUUUGUGGAUGGGAGCAGUUGACAUCACUGUGACAAGAUGUGAAAUGUAAUUGUGAUAUCUGUGCCACAGAAAAUCUUACUUAAACUCAAGUCUUUAUUUUCUCGUUGUGCAUGUGUAUCUUGGUGCAAAAGAAAAAAGGCAAAAGGCUGGAAAAGAUGUUGAUGACUGUCCAGAGUUUUGUAUUAGUCACGACCUCCGGCGAUGUCUGGAGAAUGGGGAUCAGACUUCCUGCAGCGUUUGCCUUUCAUACAUGAACAAAACAGCAGGAGAUUUUCCUAUCAUAUUGUAUAUCAAGCAGUAUUGUUGUAAUCAUAAUCCACGAUCAGCUGCCAUCAAGAACACGAUCCACCACCACUAUCUAAUAUCAGUAUCCCCCUUCACGAUCACGAUCCAUCACCACGAUCAGAUGCCACCAUGAUCCACAUUUUCAGUUAAAUUAAAGUGUAUUUCCACCAUCACCUAGGUGGAAGUCUGCAGUCUGGUGAAACAUUACUCGUUUGACAGGGAGCGACAGAGCAGUCAAGGGUUAGGGUCAAAGGUUUGUCUGACUCUGACUAGUUCACUGCUGCAGAGUCGUUUCAGAAACAUAUCAGCUGCUGCGUCAAUAUUGCUGCCAUUUGCUUCAGCCCCUCCAUCAACCCAGCAUCCACCUGUAGGCUCCUAUGAGGGUUAUGAGUGUUUGUUCAUCACUUCCAUCAUAUUUAUGUAAUCAUAUCUGGGGGAGUGAUUAAGUUGGAGCCUAUAGACACCAAACAAUGACCUGUUCUAUUGCUGCAAUAAAUAUUUGAAAGCGAGAUGUCUGACAGAACUUUAUUUAAUUACUUGCGUGUCUAAGACAUUGCACAUCUUCCACAACUACAGGAAGACUGGUCUUCAACUCGAUGCACCAUAACCACAAACAAUGCCUUGGUGUUUCCAUUCAGUGACAUCAAGGGCCCCACCACAUCAGCGUUCUAAUUCAGUGAGCUUAGCUUAACUUCUGAUCUUAUAUUGGCUUAAUUUACAACACGAGUCUCAACAGUUUAGGUUUU